AGCUUUGAGUCGUUGGCUCUGUUGUGUUCUCAGUCACACGGGGUCGGGGCGCCAUGGACCACCUGGAGGCUCCGGGAGUGGUCAGAUGAGUGACUGGGUGUGCCAGCACCCAGCCUGCAGCGCCAGCGAGGAGCAGCUCGCGGAGUUACGACUCCGGCGGCCCAACGGUUUUGCGCAUGACGAGGAUCCUUCCCUGCAGGUGUGCACCGUUUGUCGCCGUCUACCGCUUCCUCGAGGGAAAGCCCACCCGGCCUCUCCGCCAUUGGAUGCCAGCUUCCUCGCGGGGAUCAAAGAGGAGCUGGCAUCCAUUGAAGAGAACGAGCAGAACAUCCAGUCCUUGUCGCAAGUCUUCCGCUUCUAUGCGGGGAAUGCCCAGCAGCUGGCAGAGCUCUUGGUGGACUUCAUCACAAAGCAGUGCUUUCCCUGGGAGCUGAUGCAUGCGAUGCAUUUGCUGGACGACAUUUUGCUGAUGGACAACACAGGGUCCUACAAAACUCAGUUGAAGAAACGCAUCCACGCCAUCGCCGUGCACGCCUUCCGCAAGGUCCAGUCGGAGCUGGAAAGGCAAGAGGUGGCACGAAUGCUGCACGCCUGGCGGGAGCUGAAGAUCUUCGAGAAGUCCGUGCUCAGUGCCAUCCAUGGCACCCUGCGCUCCGGCAACGAGGCCUUUGCUCACAUCCUGGACGACGCGGAGGAGGAUGAGGAGACGAAUGAGGCUCCCGUGAACCACGUGACGCCCCCGUCUCACGCGCCGCGGGGAACUCCCUUUCCCGCGCCGGCGGGAAAUCACCGCAGCUCUGCGACCGGAGAAGCAACCGCGAAGAAAGCGAAGGUGUCUCCGGGCGCGGCGGGAGCGACGGCUGCGGCGGCGGUGCCGGCAAGGCCGAAGGCGGUCACGGAGAAGGUGAUGGCCAUCAUCAGUAGGAUUGUGUCGGUACCCUUGGAACGGCCCUUCGAGCUGUUGGGCCUGCAAAGCGACUGCAAGGCCUCUCAGAUCCGGACGGCCUACCGAAAGCUGGCGUUGCUCAUCCACCCUGACAAGAACCCAGGCUCGGAAGCUCAGUGUAAAGAGGCCCUCAUCAAGCUCCAGCAGGGCCGAGAACAGGCCGAAAGUGAUCUGCAGAUGCGAGCGCGCGGCGGCCCGAAGAAGACGGACACCUUCAACAUGGCUGAUUUGGACGAAACGAAGCCUUCGAACAAGUGCCCGUAUCCAGGUUGCGAUCUGCCCCCCUGCAAGCAGUGCCCCAAUCGAUGUUGUACUCGCAACAUCACGCAUUGUCACAUGGUGGCGCGCAGUAAGGGUGGAUUGCAUUGCUAUUUCCAUCCGCCGCCCAGAUCCUGGGCUCGCAACGCUGAGGCCUAGGCUCGUCGAUGGCCACAUAUGGCCGUCACGUCCUGCGUGAGCGAGGGGGAGAAAAGGGGCGGCCAAACCAAGCGCAGGAUGAGCCAUGAAAGGUGUGUGGGGUAUGGCAAUUCAAGAUCAUUGAUGCGGUCUUUCCAAGGGUUUUCGGGAUCAAACCAUGGUACUCUUUGUGCUGCAGGUGAUCGGGUAUGAAUGCCAAAAGCAACUUAAAACAACUGAAACAAAUCUUUGAAACACCUCUUUGAGUCUUUGAGCAACGUUCUCAGGCAAGAUCAAGUACUUUCUCGUGUGGCAAGACUUGUUCUAGACUUGCACCAGCAUGUUGCGCUUUGAGUUUAAGUUUGCUACCUGAGAGGUUAAAGGCCGCCCUGCACUCACCUUUAUUGGAGAGUCCCAGUACUACUCACCCUGAUGUCGAUGUUCAAUUUAAAGCUUCCCGGAAGCUUGGGGAGAUAGUCAUAGUGGUGCAGUAAAUCAUGAUAGC